UCUCCCUCGCUGCCGGGCGGACUGUGAGACGUGAGCCGCUCUCCCCGGGUCACUGCCAGGCAGACAGCGAGCACUUUGGGCCGGGGCCGAGCGAUGGCACGGCGGCGGAGCACGGCAGCAGCCCUUCGGACGGCACUCCUCUGCUGGACUUACUACUCCUUCUGCCUGGUCUGCUGGAAGCUGGAGAGGUGUGACGGGGCCGCGGGGCAUAACCAAGUUAAUUUAUUGGAUUCCAGAGCUGUAAUGGGAGACCUGGGAUGGAUAGCCUACCCAAAGAAUGGGUGGGAAGAAAUCAGUGAGGUUGAUGAGAAUUACACUCCCAUACACACAUACCAAGUGUGUAAUGUUAUGGAGCAAAAUCAGAAUAACUGGUUACAGACUAACUGGAUCUCCAGUGAAGGAGCCCGUCGUAUAUUCAUUGAGCUAAAAUUUACACUACGAGACUGCAAUAGUCUCCCUGGAGGUCUCGGGACCUGUAAAGAGACCUUUAAUGUGUACCAUUAUGAAUCCAAUGAUGAAGAUGGGAGGAACAUCAGAGAAAAUCAAUAUAUAAAAAUUGACACGAUUGCUGCAGAUGAAAGUUUCACAGAACUCGACCUUGGAGAUCGAGUCAUGAAGUUAAAUACAGAAGUGCGAGAUGUUGGCCCUCUUUCUAAAAAGGGAUUCUACCUCGCCUUUCAAGAUGUUGGAGCCUGUAUUGCUCUGGUCUCUGUGCGAGUCUACUACAAGAAGUGCCCAUCUACAUUCCAUAACCUUGCUUUCUUUGAAGAUACGAUCACAGGAGCUGAUUCAUCCUCACUGGUGGAAGUGCCAGGCACGUGUGUCAACAACUCAGUGAAAGAUGACACUCCAAAAAUGUACUGCAGUGCUGAUGGGGAAUGGUUAGUCCCAAUUGGGAAGUGCAUGUGCAAAGAAGGCUAUGAAGAGAAAGGUAACAUAUGCCAAGUUUGCCAGCCAGGAUUCUUUAAGGCCUCACCAUACAGCCUGUCCUGCAGCAAGUGUCCUCCUUACAGUUAUGCCAAUGACAAAGGGUCAGUAUCGUGUCACUGUAUGGAAAACUACUUCAGAAGAGAUAAUGAUCCACCUGCAAUGGCCUGUACAAGACCACCCUCAGCCCCACAGAAUGUCAUCUCCAACAUUAAUAAUACCAGUGUGAUUCUGGAUUGGAGCCCUCCUGCUGACAGUGGAGGACGAAAAGAUGUGACAUACCUUGUGAUCUGCAAGAGGUGCAGCGUGGAUUUGAUUCAGUGUGAUGAGUGUGGUGGCGGUGUCCGAUAUAUCCCACAGGAGGCUGGGCUCAAGAACACCACGGUGAUGGUGGUUGAUCUCCUGGCUCAUACCAAUUACACCUUUGAGAUUGAGGCAGUGAAUGGAGUGUCAGAGCUGAGUUCUGUCUCCAGACAGUUUGUGUCUGUAAAUGUCACGACAAAUCAAGCAGCACCUUCACCCAUUAGUAUUGUGAAAAAGAAGAAGGUCACGAAAAAUAGCAUCUCCUUGUUCUGGCAGGAGCCAAACCGGCCUAAUGGCAUCAUACUGGAGUAUGAGAUCAAGUAUUUUGAAAAGGCUCAGGAGACCAGCUACACCAUCAUUAAAUCCAAAGAGACUGAGAUUAUUGUCGAUGGCCUGAAACCCACCACAGUGUACAUCUUUCAGAUACGAGCUCGCACAGCAGCAGGAUAUGGGGGCUACAGCCGUAAAUUUGAAUUUGAAACCAGCCCAGUCUCCUUACCUGCCAGUGCUCAGAGUCAGGUGCCAAUCAUCGCAGUCUCCGUGGCAGUGGGUAUGAUCCUACUGGCAGUGGUGUCUGGCCUGUUACUUAGUGGAAGGCGGUGUGGAUACAGUAAAGCUAAACAAGAUCCAGACGAGGAGAAGAUGCAUUUUCACAAUGGUCACAUUAAAUUGCCAGGUAUAAGAACAUACAUUGACCCUCAUACCUAUGAAGACCCAAGUCAAGCUGUUCAUGAGUUUGCCAAGGAAAUAGAUGCAUCAUGCAUCACUAUUGAAAGAGUCAUUGGUGCAGGUGAGUUUGGCGAGGUGUGCAGUGGCCGUUUGAAGUUACCUGGAAAAAGAGAAUUCCCAGUAGCCAUCAAAACUCUAAAAGCUGGUUAUACAGAGAAGCAGCGCAGGGAUUUCCUUGGUGAAGCAAGUAUAAUGGGGCAAUUUGACCAUCCCAACAUCAUCCACCUUGAAGGGGUGGUCACGAAAAGUAAACCAGUAAUGAUAGUGACUGAAUAUAUGGAGAAUGGCUCUCUUGAUACAUUUUUAAAGAAAAAUGAUGGCCAAUUUACAGUAAUCCAGCUAGUGGGAAUGCUGAGAGGAAUUGCCUCUGGAAUGAGGUAUCUUUCAGACAUGGGUUAUGUCCACCGAGAUCUGGCUGCUCGAAACAUCUUAGUCAACAGUAACCUGGUCAGUAAGGUUUCUGAUUUUGGCCUUUCCCGGGUACUUGAAGAUGACCCAGAAGCUGCUUAUACGACAAGGGGAGGGAAGAUCCCAAUCAGGUGGACAGCUCCAGAGGCGAUAGCUUACCGCAAGUUCACCUCAGCCAGUGAUGUUUGGAGUUAUGGAAUUGUCAUGUGGGAGGUGAUGUCGUAUGGAGAGAGACCUUACUGGGAAAUGACUAAUCAAGAUGUGAUAAAGGCUGUGGAGGAAGGCUAUCGCUUGCCAACUCCCAUGGACUGCCCAGCCGCUCUUUACCAGUUGAUGCUUGACUGCUGGCAGAAGGAUCGCAACAGCAGGCCCAAAUUUGAAGAAAUAGUUAGCAUUUUAGAUAAAAUGAUUCGCAAUCCGUGCAGCUUGAAGACGUUAGUUAAUGCCUCCACGAGAGUGUCUAACUUGUUGGUGGAGCACAAUACAGUGGGUCUUAGUAUCUACCAGUCUGUGGGAGAAUGGCUGGAGACCCUUAAGAUGGGACGGUACACAGAAAAUUUCAAUGAAAGUGGAUACACCUCGUUGGAUAUUGUGACAAAAAUAACUUUAGAAGAUUUGAAGAGAAUUGGUGUGGGUCUUGCUGGCCACCAAAAGAAGAUCAUGAACAGUAUUCAGGAGCUGCGAGUCCAGUUUAUGAAUGGCAUGAUGCCUGUGUGACUCUAUUACAAUCGCUUGAGCUGUCACUAGCCAUUCAGCACUUUUAUUUUUCCUGAUUUGGGACUUGUAUUUAUUCCUGGAUGCAAAAGUUGGGGGGAGGGGGAGGAGCAAUGAAUAUCUGGAACAACAGAAAGCAAUUAAUGCUCACCUUACUGUUCCAGUAUUUGAAUUCGCUAAAUCCCUAAACCUUGGAAUCAUCAUCACUGGAACAGAGAGAAUGGAGACAGGUUCAAUAAGGGGUACAGUUCAUCCAUUUACUUUCACACCGAGCAGCACUGAAUACCUUGGCACACAUGUUCCUUCUCUGUAAGUUCGUAUUGGCACCUUUAACAUUUUUCCUGUAUUAAAGUACUCUUAAUUCUCCUUUGGGAGCAUCUGACUUUCUAGAUAAUUUCAAUUCAUUGAGAAAUGGCAGUAGAUCCAUAAUAGUUUACGUAAGUUUCCUGUAUCAAGUCUUAAUGACCAACAGUUGUGUAUUGAAGAGCAAUAUUGAGUUUACUACUUAGUAGUAAGAUGUUUUGUAAAUUAUAAGUGCAGUUAUAACAUGCUGUAUUUAAUAAGUUAUAGAACGUAGUGUAUAAAGUCUUUGCUUGACUCAGUCUUGCUCAGUAUGUAUUUAUUGAUUAAAAAUGUUAGCGCGUAAUGAAAAACGUUAUUUGAAAACGUACAUAUUUACUUUGCUCUUGCUAUAUUUGAAUAUUCAUGUGUAUAUACUGUACAGUUUGCUACUGCAGGGUACAGAAUUUUCUCUGUGAACAAAACUAACUGUAUGAUUUGACUAAAAUGAGUGACACUUUCUUAAAACUUUGUUUUAAGGACCCUGCUUUUUGUUCUGGUCAGUAUGCAAUGUUGAGAAGUGUUUUGCAAUAGUACUCUUUAACUUGUGCUGGUAAUGGAGUGCUCUGCAAAGAGAUUAUGAGCCAUAAUUUUCUGUACUGGCCAUAAAUUAGGCUUGCCCUUGCAUGCUAAUAAUGUCACAGCGAGGGAAGGAAAACAUCUGGGACCUGAAUAAACAGGGCAAGCAACUGGGUAACUCCUUAAUUAAUCAGACUGAAGGAUUGUGAAAGCAACAGCACAAGAACCAAGACAGAAGUGCAAGGUAAAGUGGGUGAAUUCAAUGUCAAAUCAGUGCAGAAAGCAAAAUAAAAAGAGGAAGUUAAAGAUCAAAGUAAGAAAGAGAGAUAAAAGGGACAGAAAGGAAAAGUAAUUUUCUUUUAAAUCUCCAACAAUAAUUAAUACCUGAAAGAAUGAGAACCCACACAUGUAAUAGUCAAUUUUCAAUGCUGAGAGGUUGUUUAGCAGGAAUUAUUUACCACUUUAUUAAAAGUAUAAUUAGACUGAAAUAGACUGAACCUAACUUCCUGUGGCAAAUUUAGUCUGUACCCGUCAUGCAAAUACAGAGAGUACAUGUAAUUCAUUGCAUUUCAAUAAUCCAGUGAGGUGCUGUUUUCAUACAGCUAAGGGCAUCGUGGCACAACAUAUAUUAGAAAAAUAAUGGCACUCAAAAAUGACAAAUCACCCGGCCCUGAUAGUUCCCACUCCAGGGUUUGAAAGGAAGUAGGUGAGGAAAUUGCAAAUGCUUUACCCAUAAUCUUUAAAAGUGCUCUCGAUUCAGUAAUUAUCCCUUCAGAUUGGAAAACUGCAAAUGUAACUCCAUUACUCAAAAAAGGAGUGACAGAGACACCAGGAAAUUAUAGCCCUGUUAGUCCAACAUCUGUUGUGGAGAAGUUAUUGUAAUCUAUAAUGAAGGACAGAGUAACUGAGCAUCUAACUGAGUUUUUUUGAGGGAGCAACUAAAGUAGCAGACAGGGAAAUUAUGUAGUUUAUAUGGAUUUCCAGAAGGCAUUAGAUAAGCUUCCAAAUAAGAGACUGUUAAAAGUUCACAGAAUUGAAGGAAAACAAUUGACUUGAUCAGAAGAUUGAUUCAGCAAUAGAAGACAGAAUAGGAAAACUGGGUAUUUAUUUGAAAUGGGAGGAAGUGACAAGUGCUAUCCCACAAGGAUUUGUGCCGAGGCCUCAGCUAAUCAUUAUAUUUAUUAAUGGCUUGAGUAACAUAAUGAAGAACCAUAGAUUCCCGUUUGCCAAGGACACAAAGAUUGGUGAUAUACUAAAUAGUGUAAACAGGAACAAAAAAUUACGAGUAGCCAUAUGAUAGAUUGAGUGUGCGGGAAAUCUGUGGUAGAUGGAUUUCAACAUAGGUAAGUGUUAAAUCAUCGAUAUUGGAGUAAAAUUGGAUAGACAUGUGCACUUUUUACAUGGUGUAAAGCUAGGAAGAGUGAAGGUCCAAAGAAAUUCAAGGGUACUUGUUUACAGAUUACUAAAAUGUGGUGGUGGUCAGGUACAAGAAAUAAUCAAAACACCUCAUGGAAUGUUAGCCUCUGUAUCUAGAUAGCUAGAAUUUAAAAGAUGGAAAUUAUGCUACAGCUAUACAAUGCCUGGUUAGGCCACAUCUGGAGCACUGUGUACAUCCAUUGGCACUGCACCUUGGAAAGAUAUAUUAGCCUUGUAAGGAGUGCAGCACAGAUUCCCCAGAAUGUUACCAGUGCUCCAAUGUUAGAUUAUGAGGAAUUAUUACAUAAACUAGGUUUUUAUUCCCAGGAAUACAGAAGGUUAAAUGAUAAUAGAGUUGAGGCUUUUAAGGUUUUGAAAUGAAUUGAUAGGUUAGAAAGAGAGAAACUUUGUUGCUCGGUGAGAGAUUAGAACAAGGGGUUAAAACCAGAGACUAUUUAGGAAAGAAAUUACAAAACAGUUCUUCACACAAACAGUGUUAGAAUUGUGGAACUCUCUCCCACAAAAAGCAGUGGAUGCUAGAACAACUAAUCAUUAGAUUUUGCUAACCAAGGGUCUUAACUGAUAUGAAGCCAAGGCAGCAGAUGGAUGGAGUUAGGAUUCAGAUCAGUCAUGAUCUCAUUGAGUAACAGAACAAUUUUGAGGGUUUGAAUGGCCUGCUCUUGAUCCUAGGUUUAUACAUCAGCACUCAAGAUGGUAAUCUAAUUUUGUCAUUUGCAUAAAAUAUUGUCCAGAAUUUGAAGUUGCAAAUCAGAUUAGCUCAUUCAAUUAAUAUACACUGAAACAAGCCAGAGUCAUUUAAACAUUUAGGAGCUCAUUAAGAACAAAAGCCAAGAUGUUAAUUAAUUCCAGACUGACUGUAAAAAGGAAAAUAAUUUAAUUAAGGAAAGCCGAGGAGUCUUCUUUAUACUAUCUUUUAACUAAAAUGAAUAUAAAGGAUAUCUGGCUCUGUAUAAAAAUAGUCUCUGUGUUUCUCAUCUUCUUUGUAGUGCCAACUAUAUUCAGCAUUGCACUGUUAUUUUGUGUUUUUUUUUUAAUAUUCUGUUUGCUGCCAACCUUACAUAGACCUGGAGGUGAAAUUUAUGAUCAAAAAUAGAUAGAGAGAAGAAAUUUAUACAUGUGGAACUGUGUUUAUUUAUCAUUGAAAUACAUCAAAAUACGUCACGUUUGAUAACUAAGAAAUGAGUGAUAGCCCCUUUUAAAUUUCAGAAAGCCAACCAGUGGAGCAGGCUUGCGAUUUGCCAUUCCACCAGCCAAAAGACUGGAUCCAUUUUAAAGCCAAUUAGUAGAAUUAGAUAGUCAUAGGGACCAACUGGGCGUCUGGAUGCAGUUUGACAGCUAUAGGUUGGGAUGAUAUUGCGCGCUUGGAGUUGGUGCAGCCAGCAGCAAGGUAUGUCCAGGGUGGGCAAUGAUCGUGGUGAGGUGGGACUGGGGGCGCACUCUGGGGGAGUGAUCAGGUUCCGGGCCAACUGUAGCUCAGAGCAUUUUUGUUGGGCCCAGAGAAGCUCUCCAGAUUCUCCUGGCCCCAAAAAGGUAAUUUUAAACUUACCCUUCUGGAGCCACUUAAGUCUCCGUCACCAGCAAAGUUGUUCAGAGGGUUCAUGGUCCUGAUUGAUUCUAAGACCUCAAUUUGCACAUUAAUUGGAGCACAGGGAGGGAGGCGUGCAGCCACCUAAUAGGCCCCUGCAAAAAGACUAGGCAUCAGGGUAAUGGGAUGGUAAAUCCACUGAGCCAAUUUGAGCCAGUUACCAAGUGAUUAAUGAUUUCGGCCAAUUAAAUCGAUCCACAUGUGAAUGAGAUUUGGACAGGUCUCCAUAUAUUUGCUGGGCAAACCACAAAGACCCUCCACUACAUUGCCUCUGUGCUUCUCUUUCUCAUCAUGCCACUGUGGCUCCAGUAACAUUGCAGUAUUGAGCAAUGCAUGGUCUGAGCUAGAUAUAAGUGGAAAAAUUUGAUAGAGGCACUGAGGUUUAUGUUUCUAUUUGCUAUCCAAGAGUACAAAAUAACUUCAAACCUUGAAUGCAGCAAUGUUUUCUGUGUUUCAGUGCUUAAAGUGAAAAUUCUGGUGUGGCCUUUUAUGUUUUUCUGAAGCACCUAUGCAUGCUGAGACUCCCUCCAACACUAUCAACCUCUUUGCAGCUGAACCAAGGAUUUGAAAAAAAAAAUAGAAUUUCCCUCCUUUUUUAUUCUUUCAUGGAAUAUGAGCAUUGCUAGCAAGGCCAGCAUUUUUGUUGUCCAUCCAUGUCCUUGAGAGGGUGGUGUUGGUGAGGCCCUUCAUGAACAGCUUCUUGUAAGAUUCCAACCAACCUGCUAGGCCAGGAGCCCGCAUGUGGGGCCCACUUGCACUUUUGUGGAGAUCGGCGCAUCUCAUCUGUAGUGGCCGUCACUGAUUUUGAACAGCCUCAACCAAGUUCCUAGUGGGCCCUUUACAAUUUGACAGAAAUCAUCAGGCUGAAAGUGCAUAUGGUGUGGAAUGGUGCAAAAGUGGAAUCCAAUUCCACUGUUUUUUGGGUUGGAGUGGAGGCAGAUUGCUGGGUGGAGUAAAUGAAGCUUUGCUCUGCAUGUCACUAUGUAUAUCUAACCUAGUAGAGUAUGAACUUAGUUACUCAAGUUGAAAGAAAUGUUCGGUUUUCCAGCAUUGGCAUCCCUCACCUUGAUAAGAAAAUAAAUUUACCCACUUCCCCAAAAAAUCACAGUGGCAAUGCAAAUACAGAGCAACUUUGUGAAAUAAUUUAGAAAGAUAUGGUGAGUUUAUUAGCAGAAAUGAGGACAAAAUAUUGUAUCCCAUUUUAAAUAUUACAACACUGAUUACAAACACUGAACAAAAUAAUGCAGGAGAGGGGAUAGAACAAUUAAAAAUUGCAUGAGAGCAAUUAAUAUGGCAGUAUAGGGAGAACUGAAAGCAGUUUUGCAUUAAAGUGCAGGAGAUGGUUAAGAUGGAUUGUACCACGUUGUAUGUAACUUUUAAAAGCUCAUCUUGGUCAGUAGACAACUACAAUCAGAUAAUGAAGUGAAGGGCUGGGGUGUGAAAAGUCUCCUUUAAAUGAAGAGGAUAAAGUGUGUAAUUAUUUGUAGUUCUCCAUUAAACCGUUGCAAGAAUGUAAAGCAAUUCCCAAUGCUAUCAUGAUGAUAAGUUAUUUGGAAGCACAUAGGGAUUUCUAAAGGAACAUGGAUGCUUUUGUAAGUAAUGUGUAAACUGAGACAACUUAGGGGAAAGGAACUCCAUUUCUCACAUAGCAAAGCAAAUUACAGUAGAAGCCUAGUAUCCAAUCAGCAGCAUUUCAAGCUUACAUUUACUGAGUAACAAGCAAUCACACAUUCAUGCUAUAAGGCUUACAUUUUGCUUUGAGUUGUUUACAACUAGCUGAAACCUUAAUAACAACCUUAGUGUGCUUUAUUUAUUUUAAGAACAGUAUCCUGACACUGUCUGUAUUUUGUUUGUG